AUGGUGAACCUUAUGCAGCUGAUGCGCUGGAUUCCGCUCUGCACCGUGUUUGUCGUCAUACAAGAAUGGCACCGAACACUCGCGCUGCGCCUGACGAACAUGAACGUCCCGGAGGUGGUCGACUAUCGAGAUACGGUAACGCUGUCCUGCAGCUACGAUCUGGGCGCACACCAAUUAAACUCCGUCAAAUGGUACAAGGGCACUCAGGAGUUUUACAGGUACGCGCCGAUGCUGUUCCCGAAGGUCGUCACGUACCCGGUCGAGGGCAUCGUCAUCGCCAUGGACCGGCCGACCAUCUGCAACCAGUACCUCUGCUCGAUCCGGCUGACGGAGCUGCAGCGGCGGUCGAGCGGCGAGUACCGGUGCGAAAUAUCGGGCGAUGCGCCCGAGUUCAAGCUGGCGAACGGGACGCGCCAUAUGACGGUCGAGGCGCUGCCGCAGGAGGAUCCCACCAUCAGCGGGCUGAGCGCCAGCUACCUGCCGAACGAGCACAUCGCGGCCAACUGCACCUCGGACCGCUCCAGUCUCGUCACGCGCCUCAGCUGGGCCAUCAACGGGCGCACGGUCCCGAUGGAGUACCUCCAGCAGCAGCAGGAGACGACGCUCGAGAGCGACGGGUUCGUCCUGCGCUACCGGACCCUGGAGAUGCGCGUCCCUGUAGAUAGGCUGGUGCAGCGCGAGCUGGACAACGUGAUCCAUAUCAAAUGCACCGCGACGCUGGACGCCGUGCCGCUUCCGGGGCGGGACGCGAAGGCUGUGAUAGCGCUGCGCAGCCACCGGUCGUCGCUGUUCGGCUUCGGCGGCAACAGCCGGGCGGCGAUGGCCGGCCACCUUCUACCAUCAACAUUAUUGUCCACAGCGACAUCCGACUCCCAGCCGCUGAUGCUCUUCGCGUCGAUCGCCAUCGCUAGCCUGCGGUGGUACAGUGGGCAGGAUAUGCGUCUUCUGCUGGACACACGACCCUGA